AGAUAACUUCACAAUUAAGCUCGAUGAAGAUACAAGAAAUGGGCAAAUUCGAUAUAACUUUGAACAGCUGGAUGGAAAGGUUUGUUAGAAUUAAAAACAUGCAGCUAAUGAGCCUACCAUGCAUUAUUGAUGUACUAAAAACAAAUUCUUCAAGUCUUUUUUACAAGUCUGGUGCUAUAUCACAAAUUUUUAUAUGUUCACGUGAUAAUCAGAAUAUUAAGAAAAAUAAGGUUGGUACAAAAUCCAUGGAAGACCACAACAAGGAAUAUAUUUACAAUCACGGGAUAUGUCCACCAUUUAAAAACGUGAGACGUAGAAGAUUCAGAAAAACGUGGACAUCAAAAGUAUAUUUAAAAUAUAAAUUAAGUAUGUUUAUAUCCCUGAAGUUGAAAAUGAAGUCAAAAGACUACUCCGAGCUGACUGUACCUCCAAAGAAGUCGUGUGGGAGAUUGUGAAGGACUCGGAUGAGACAUUCAGUGCAACCAAAGAAGUCAAGAUCUCAGAAAACGACACAAAACUUGGUAAAAUAAGUUAAAAAACGCAGAGGAGAAAUUAUUUGGAGAGGAAAUUAGUUCAGAUGAGGAGGUCAGCCAUCCUGUGGUAGAAGUAGAGGAAGUCCCGCUUGACGGUGAGAUGUGGGGUUAUUUGAAGUGAAAAACACCGUCAGACAAAUGAAGGAGGAGGUGAAAGAACUUUUGGCGGAGAUUGACGAGCUCAAAAAAGCGUCUUCGG